AUGAACGUCGCCCCAAGCGUGGAGCGGGACCGCCUGCGGGAGCGCGAGCGACAGGCGCGCGCGCAGAUGUCGCAGGCGGAGCGCGAGCCCGAGCCCGCGGGAGCGCCGCUCUUCGGUGCGCCCGUCCGGGUGGCGCCGUCGGCGUGCGACGAGCAGACGCACCAGAUCCAGCGCCGCAUGGGCAACUACGCGCUCAUCCAGCACCUGCUCGAGAACUCAAAGCAUCUGAUCGGCAUCGAGGGCCAGCCGCCGGCUAGCCCGGCGCCCGCGGCGGCGGCGGCGGCAGCGGCGGCGGCGGCCGCCGCGCGCGCCUCCAGCCCCCGCCGCCCCGGCUCCGAAGUUCAAGCCGGCGCCCGGCUCGGGGGCCGGCGCUUGCGGUGUGCUCCUCGCCUUCCGCCGCGCGACGCCCUCAUCGCCGCGCGACCUUCUCCAAGCCGUCGUCGUCCGCUAUCCGGCGGCGGAAGCUACGGCCGCGCGGGUGGCGGCGCCAGCUGCAGUCGCGCAAGCACGCCGGCGCGGCGACCACGCGCCAACGGGCUGGCGCGCCGGGGGCCGUGCCCUCCUCGCACUACACUGGCUAGCUUGGCGCUGCCAGGCUACUCUCCGACUCCGUAA